AAUAAUCGAAUUAGUCGAUUGGAAAAUCCAAUUCAUGUAGUUGUCUGGAUAUUGACACGUCAAGUUUGAUGUAAACAUGGAUGGUCAGUUAUUGUAUUGUCUCGUGCAAUCAUAAUCAUGAAUCGUGCUGGAUCAUCGAAAGUCGUGCAACAUAACCUCUCUUCAAUGCUUCAGAGUGACCAGGAUCGCGAUUUUCGGCAACGCGAACCAACACUUUAUACUGUCAAGGGUAUGGCCAUUCUGGACAAUGAUGGCAAUAGAAUAUUAGCUAAAUAUUAUGAUAAAAAUAUAUUUCCUACAUCAAAAGAGCAAAAGACAUUUGAAAAAAAUCUUUUCAACAAAACACACAGAGCAAAUGCAGAAAUUAUUAUGUUGGAUGGUUUAACAUGUGUUUAUAGGAGUAAUGUAGACUUAUAUUUUUAUGUUAUGGGAAGUUCUCAUGAAAAUGAGUUGAUUUUAAUGAGUGUAUUAAAUUGUUUAUAUGAUUCAGUAAGUCAAAUUUUAAGAAAAAAUGUUGAAAAAAAAGCUGUUUUAGAUAGCUUAGAUAUAGUCAUGUUAGCAAUGGAUGAAAUUUGUGAUGGAGGAAUAAUUCUUGAUGCUGAUGCCACAAGUGUAGUUCAAAGGGUGGCAUUAAGAACUGAUGACAUUCCACUUGGAGAACAAACAGUUGCACAGUCUCUGAUUGUUUUGCAAUCUGCAAAGGAACAACUCAAGUGGUCAUUACUAAAAUAAGAUUUAUGUAU